CCAAUUUUUCUCCGCAGUGGCGCAGUCUCCGCGAGGGUCUACUACCCUGCGCCGCGUGUAUUUCAUUAUGUUUUUGCCCGCCGGAAUUUUACGCGGAAACUUUAGGCGUGAAUAACCGAUAAGUCACGCGAUUACGUUUUGUGCUCCUCAGUGUAAUCGGAGAUCGCGCAAUAAUCCAUUCCCGCUGAAACCGCGAGAUCUCGUCACCCGUCAAGAUGACUAGGUCGAAGAUAGAACUGGGCGACGUGACACCGCAUAACAUAAAGCAGCUAAAAUUGCUCAAUCAAGUUGUAUUCCCAGUCUCAUACAAUGAAAAGUUUUACAAGGAUGUACUGGAAGCCGGAGAACUCGCUAAACUAGCAUAUUACAAUGACAUUGUGGUUGGAGCAGUUUGUUGCCGUGUAGAUACUUCAGAAAAUUCUAGGCGUUUAUAUAUAAUGACAUUGGGUUGUCUCUAUCCUUAUAGAAGAUUAGGAAUUGGCACUGUUAUGGUUCAGCAUGUUUUAAAUUAUGUUAACAAGGAUGGUAAUUUCGAUUCUAUCUUCCUACAUGUUCAAAUAAGUAACGAGGGCGCGAUUGACUUUUAUAAGAAAUUCGGAUUCGAGAUUGUCGAGACUAAAGAGCAUUAUUAUAAGAGAAUAGAACCAGCGGAUGCACAUGUGCUGCAGAAAACGCUGCGUCCACGAACAAAUCAAACGAAUCAUCAAACAGUCAACUAAUAAGUAGCAUUGUUCAUUAAUUUAUCUUUUUCAUAAUUUAGAAUCUACAUACGUUUCCAUGUUCUAUCAAUAAAAACAUUUUAUAUUA